AUGGCCUCCUCGCUCGACCACUGGCGGGGUUUCUUCCGGGUAGCCGGCGACUCGGACAUCUUCGACGUCAUCCGACAAGCCAUACGCGUCGCUGCCUCCGAUCACCCGGACGAGUUCAAGAGCCGGCGGGAUGAGAUUGCACAGAUGCUAUUCGCCGCGCCUCACCGCGUCGAGAAGGCCGACGAGGGCCGCGGAAAUUCGAUCAAACCGAUAGAUGUCAAAGCGAUCGAGGAGGAUGACGGCCGUGGCAACGCCGUCAAAGCGAUCGAGGAUAAGAAGGAUGACGGCCGUGGCAACGCCAUCAAAGCGAUCGAGGAUAAGAAGGAUGACGGCCGUGGCAACGCCGUCAAAGUGAUCGAGGAGAGGCAGGACUAUGACCGUGGCAACGCCGUCAAAACCGUUGGAACUUUAUUACCCUCGUUGCCUCCGUCUCCGUCCGAAGAACAGAAACCUGCAGAUGUCGGUGUCGAUCAAGAAAAAGCAGAUACGAUGAGCCGAGAAACCUGGAAGGUGUCCGUUUCAGAAAAUGGCAAGAUUCUUCUUAGAAGACGACUCUGUGAUCCAACGAAUCCAUCGGAGCCACGGAGAACAUCGAAUCCUCUUGUACCUAGCAAUCAGGAGUUCCUUCCGGCAUUCACAGAGCCUCCUCUGAUUGCUCCAUCCACAGGACAUCCACAAGGCAGAUUACAGAGAACAUCCAGUACAGAGCAUAGACCUGAGAUUGCUGUUGCUCAACCUGAGCCUCCCAGAUUACUGCCAAACAUGCCUCCAGAUGAUGCAUUGCUUCGAUCUAAGCUGGAAAUGUCAAAGCGCAAGCUUCGCGAAGGCUACCAACAAACUGAAAACGCAAAAAGGCAGCGAAGGAUACAAGUAAUUCAACCUCGAGCAGCAAUACCCAAGGACUGCAAUAAAAAGCCUUGCCAGUUUAAGACCUUGGGAACUUGGCUGCGAUAA